AUGUCUCUCCCAAUUCCACUCGCCAUUUCACUUGUACUUGCGGCAUUGGUCGUCGCUGCUCUCCAACGCAAGAAACGCUCUAUCUCCCUUCCUCUACCCCCUGGACCUCGUCCACUUCCGCUCAUAGGCAACGCCCUCGACAUGCCCAAGUCGGAGAUGCCCGAGACGUUUCGCGACAUGUGCAUGAAAUACGGCGAUGUCGUGCAUUUGGAUGUCCUUGGACAGCCCAUGAUCAUCCUCGGCUCUCACGAGGCCGCCGUCGACUUGCUAGAGAAGCGUUCGGCGAACUAUUCGGACAGGUCGCCGUCGCCAAUGGUGCAAAUACAGCGCUGGUUUUCCGGGACAUUGACCGUGCAGGGGUACGGUCCUUGGUGGCGCCGUCACCGUCGUGCCAUGCACCAGUACUUCAAUCCGAACGCCGUGGCGCAGUACGCGGCCUCCCAGAAGCUUGAGGCGCACCGCUUCGCCCGCCGUCUGAUCGAUACCCCGGAGGACUUCCUCCACCACAUCAGACAUUAUUUUGGGUCCUCGGUGAUGCGAGUGACGUACGGUAUUGAAGUCGACGAGGACGAGACCGACUAUCUCACGAUGGCGGAAAACGUCGUCGCCAUAUUCUCGUCUGUCUUCAAGCCCGGCAAGUACCUCGUGGAGGUUUUCCCGGUGCUUCGGCACCUGCCGUCAUGGAUGCCUGGUGCCGGGUUCAAGCGAGAUGGGGCGUCUGGACCAAGGCCGUCGAACAGCUUUUCACCGUUCCUUGGGAAGCAACGAAAGAUGCGAUGGUCCGUGCAUCGCAAAGGCACGGCACGUCCAUCUAUGGCGAUGGGACUCAUGGAACGCAUGAACAACAUGCCGUCCCCUGACGCCGCGGAGGAGGAAGUUGGCCGGAACGCAUCCGCGGUUGCAUACGCUGCAGGAGCGGACACUGCUUUCUUCAUGGCGAUGACGUUAUACCCCGAGGUACAGAAGAAGGCGCAGGCGGAACUCAUGUCCGUCGUGGGCCCCCACCGCCUACCCGAGAAGGAAGACGGGCCGUCGCUGCCCUACAUCCAGGCAGUGAUCAAGGAAAGACGACGAAUACCGCGGUACUUCAUCCCGAAGGGCGCUCUCAUCAUCGCCAAUAUCUGGGCCUACUCACGCGAUGAGAAGGUCUACCCCGACCCGGAGCGGUUCAUGCCAGAGCGGUUCUUGAAGGACGGGAAGCUGGACCCCAGCGUGCGCGAUCCCUCCACGAUUGCGUUUGGGUACGGCCGGCGCAUCUGCCCUGGCAUGCACUUCGCAGAGACGUCGCUCUUCAUGGUCGUUGCGACCGUCCUGCACACUCUGAAUAUCACCGCUCCCAUAGAUGCCAAUGGCAUGCCCGUCUUCCCCUCUGGAAAGAUGACUCAAGGGGUGUUAGCGUAUCCCGAGCCGUUCGGAUGCGAGAUCAAGUCCACCUCCGCCGAGCGUGAGGCUCUCAUCCGCGCGAGCUGCAUCGAACUCAAUGGAGACAUCAAACAGACGCCUGCUAGUGAAAUCUCCGCAGACCGUCACAAGCGCCUGGUUCCCUGGCUCUCUCCGCAACAUCCACCACUAUGCGCCUGGAGGACCUUCAGCUACCGGCGAAGACAGAGUAGCAAGCUUCCGCUUCCUCCAGGGCCUCCAGGACGUUUUAUCUUUGGUAACACGAAGGACAUGCCUCAGAAGAACCGCGUGGAGGUGUUGACCCGCUUCAACGCAGAAUACGGUACACUCUCAUUGGCACUCUUCUUCCAAAAGAAGCUCAUAUGUCUCACAGGGCCUCUGCUCUACCUCAAUAUGUUCGGCAACCACCUCCUCAUCCUUGGCUCGCACUCUGUCGCAGUUGACCUCCUCGAUAAGCGCUCUCGUAUCUACGCCGACCGCCGUAUCUCGACCAUAGCCGAGCUCGCAGGGUUCACUUGGUUCUUCGCCACGAACCCCUACGGCCCCGCCUGGCGCCGCGCCCGCCGCAUGUUCCACGAAUGCAUGCACGGCCGCGCAGUCGAACCCUACCGCCCCAUCCAGGAACGCGAGGUGCGGCGAUACCUCCACCGCCUGCUCGAGGACCCGUCCGAGUGGAAAGACCACGCCCGCCACAUGUUCAGCGCGUCGAUCAUCCGCGUCGCCUACGGGCUCGACGUGCACGCGCCGGGGAACGACAAGUACGUGCGCAUCGCCGCGGACGCGCAGCAGUCGUUCGACGACGCGUUCCGGUUCGGGAACCACCCCGUCGCGAUGCUCCCCUGGCUCCGCUUCCUGCCCGCGUGGCUCCCCGGGGCGGCUUCAAGUACAAGCGGACCAGUGGCGCGCGCGAGCGCACGCUCAGCGGGACGUCGCGUGGGAUGCCGCGAAGGCGGCGAUGGUGUGCAGGAAGAGGGAAAGGUGACGGAGUCCAUGAUGACCACCUUGACGGCGCGUUUUGAGGAGCCGGACGACGAGGUGUACGCAAAGGGCGCGGCUGCGUCUGCCUACGCCGGGGGUUCAGAGACGACUCUCGCGACGCUGCAGAUGUUCUUUAUGGCAAUGGCGCACAACGUCGAGGCGCAGGAGCGCGCGCAAGCGAGCUCGACGCCGUCAUCGGCCCCGAUCGCUUUCCUUCGUCGACGGACCGCGAGCAGCUGCCAUACGUUUCCGCCUGCUCAAGAGGUCAUGCGAUGGAAGCCGUGGUCCCUCUGGGUGUUGCUCAUCGCUCAACAGAGGCGAACGAUACAACGGCUACCGCAUCCCCAACGAAUGCGCGGUCUUGUGGAACGUCUAGACGGCAAGCUGAACCCCGAUGUGCUCGAUCCGGUUUCAUACAUCUUCGGCUACGGGCGAAGGAUUUGCCCCGGGAUGCACUUUGCGGAGAUGCAGAUCUUCACGGUGAUCUCGAGCGUCCUCCACACGCUGUCGAUAUCGCUCCCGCCAGGACCCAAGCCGGAACCGAAAGGCACUCGUGCGCACGGCGUGGCGGCACUGGAUGCGUAA